AUGGGCGAAGAGAGGGAGCUCGUGGGCGCGAGGCUGGACGCCGGCCUCCGCGCUGCCCGCUUCUCCUCGCCGCCGUCUGCCGACGAGUUUGCAGCUGAUGUCGAGCCCAAGAACGUCCCCGCGGUCUUUCGCGACGUGGCUAAGGGGUGGGCGGCCUCCUCCCGCUGGGAUCCUCUCCAUGGCGGCCUCGACUACCUGCUGGAAAAAGUGGGACCUGAUGUCGCUGUGGAAGCUAUGAUGUCAAACACUGGCCAUGUGUUCUACGGGGAUCUCAGAAGCCAUGAGAGGGUUUCUGUUUCAUUCUCCACGUUCAUUCAGUCGUGCAAGUCUUACCUGAAUCAUAUGAAUGCAGCUAGUGAUUCAUCCAAAGAGCAGGGAAUGCUUGGGGAGCCAGCUUGUUCAAGGGAGACGUGUUCGAACAGCUCAGAGAACUUGGAGCAAGUCUAUUUGGCACAGGUAUCUAUUAUGAACGCAGAGAACAAAGAGAGAUGCUCAUUACAAGUUUUGGAAGGGGACAUCCAGGAGCCUAUAUUUCUGAGAGGAAAAUCAUUUUCGUCAAUAAACUUUUGGAUGAAUAAGGGUCACUUGAGAUCAAGUACUCAUUACGAUCCCCACCAUAACCUUCUCUGUGUGGUAUCUGGUUGCAAAAAAGUUACUUUGUGGCCUCCAUCUGCAUCCCCAUUCUUAUACCCGUUGCCUGUGUAUGGUGAGGCCUCCAACCACAGCUCUAUUAGCAUGGAGGAGCCAGAUUAUUCAACAUAUACAAGGGCAAGAUACAUGGAGGAAUAUUCUGAAACAGUCAUUCUAAACUGCGGCGAUGUUGUUUUCAUACCAGAAGGAUGGUAUCACCAAGUUGACAGUGACGACUUAACCAUAGCAGUUAACUUUUGGUGGAAGUCAAGAAUAAUGACUCAAAUGUUAGAACAUAUGGAUGCCUACUAUCUACGCCGAAUCCUGAGCAGAUUGGUGGACCAGGAGAUGAGCAUAAUGGUGCAGAAGAGUCCUUUUGGUCAUUCAAAAGAUCGCACCGAUAUUCAACGCAUGGCCAAAACAUUGACAGGUUUCCAGCUAUUCAGUUUGCAAAAAGAUUCACCAUUGCAAACUCUGGAACCCUCCACUCUGCAAGCACUUUAUGAACUGAUCUCACUGGUCCAUGAUGGUGCUGAAGUGGCUAGCCAAAAUGACAAAACAGAAGCCACAUCCCAGAAUAAAUCUUCCAACCAAAGAGACGAAACAAAGACGAGUGCUGCUGCAGAUGAUUCAUCCCUCUUGGACAAAGAUCCUGUUGCAAAAAUCAUUUUGCCAGUUGAACCACUUGAAUUGCGGAGUAUGCUGCUUGCAGUGGUGCAUACUUUCCCAAGGACAUUAGAGAGUUUAGUUCUCAACAUGCUUGGGCCAGUAGGAGCAGAGAUACUGACUAGGAAGUUUGAUGAGAUGGAUCAACAAACAACAAAAGAAGAACAGGUUGAGUUCUACAAGAUAUUUUAUAGCGUGUUUGACGACCAGUAUGCUGCAAUGGAUGUGCUUCUCAACGGGAAGGAAUUGUUUUCUUUUCAGAUAUUCCAGAAUGUCCUAGACAAGUAUCUCAGGGUGCAUGUUGACCGACCCAGCUAA